AGUUAGGGUAGUAGGCUAGUAGCAUUUGCCUAUUUGGUAAAAGAAAACAUAAACAAAGACUCUGGAGGAUAACUCGCAAGUAAAGCUUGACUUGAAAAAUCGAGUGAAGGCACAAACUCACAAUCUUCAAUUCCUUCAAUCAAUCAAACCAAUCGAUUUCUUCGAAUUCUCCAUUCCAAUCAAUUCCUUAAUUUCUUCGCAUGACAACAACAAUGGACGCAGAAGAAGAAAUGUUAUCAACUCCAAGUAUUUCGAAAUCAACUGCAGCAAUUUCUUGCGUCGCCAUGACUUUAGCGUACGUCGCAAUUCUUCAUUCUCCGACGUUGAUCUUCCGCUUUCCUGCGCCUACUUCGUUCAAUCAAUUCAUGAUCAGACGGUUCAUAUGCGCCAUCGCCGCUUCGCUUCUCUGUCUCUUCGUUUCGUCUCUUCUUCUCCUUCCUCAACAGAGCUGGAAAACAGCAUAUCUAUUUACCCUUUAUGGUAUUCAAGCUGACCAUGUUUGGCACGCUGUGGUCUUUCCAUUUACAUUGACUUCUCUUGUGUAUGCGGGGUCCUUGGUCUAUAAGUGUGUGUUAUUAUCAAGCUCAUGGAACGGAGAUGAGAGUGAAGGCAUUCCGCUCAACUGUUUACACAUUGUGCUUCACAAGAUUUAUAGCGUGGUGAUAUCAGUUGCUUCCAACAUUGCAGCUUGGCGUAAUCUUGUUGUGGCGCCAAUUACUGAAGAAUUGGUGUUCCGGGCUUGUAUGAUACCUUUGCUUCUGUGUGGAGGAUUCAAGGCACAAACUGUUGUUCUUCUUUGCCCUGUCUUCUUUAGCUUGGCGCACUUGAACCAUCUCUUGGAGUUUUAUUACCAGAGGAAUUACAGCCUUCAGAGAACCUUCAUGGCUGUCGGUACCCAGCUGGCAUAUACAAUGAUUUUUGGCUCUUAUGCUUCAUUUCUCUUCAUUAGAACAGGGCAUCUUAUUGCUCCAUUAGUUGCACAUAUAGUCUGCAAUUUCAUGGGAUUGCCUGUAGUAUAUGCUCAGAGAAAAGUUUUGCAAUUGCAACUUCUUCUGAACCUCAAUUUUCUACUAUUUGUCUCUCUGUCCUGACGUUACUUCUGAUUAGAUCCUCCCACUCACCAGCCGGACAGGAUCUAAAUGAAAAGCCCCUUUUCACUUCUUCAACUCCAUUUUCUUUAUUUGCCCUUUUAUUUUUACAGAAACUUCUAUUCACUCAAUUUUAUUUUUAGUGCUACUUCAAUAUUUUGUACUUAAUUUAAUUUGGAGCUUUCUUUGUAAAUUGACUGAAUUCAGAGGUUGGGAUUACAGUUAAUUUCUUUUCAUAGGAAAACAUAAAGUUUUAUGAAGGGUGUCUAAAUUACCCCCAA